UGUGGGUCCAUUUUACGGCUAACGCCUAGAACGCCGUGGAAGCGCCGCCUGUGUGGCAAAAGGCUAGAAGCCCAACUGCCCUCUUAAUUUCAUUUUUUCGCACUACCUUCCCUCCACGGCUCCGCAUUUGCUUCGCUAUGCCGUCUAGCGUAAAUUUCAGGCAACCCACCUUUGAUUCUCUUAUUGCUAAUCCACCUUGUGCUUCUUCCGCGUCUGAGUCUCUCAGCUGAUCCACUGUCGGCUUCUCGAGAGUGAUCGGAUUCAGAGCUCCGCCUUCUCCUAUACAAAUUCUUUCUUUAUAUAUUCUCUUAUUCAAAUCCGAAGCCAGAAAAGUACAACAAUAAAGAGAAGAGGAGAAGCAGGGAGUCCAGAAAGAUUUCGCCGCCUCCCCAAUCCUCGACUGAUUUCUGGACCUUCAUGAGAAGGCAAUCUAUUCAAAUUAUCCAUCUGGCCAAUGUCUGCAACCCCAUAUGCAGCUUUACCCUCCUCUUGAAAGGUAUUCAGUUUGUAUAUCUGUUAUAUGUUUGCCAUAGAUGGAGGCAUUCAUCUUAUGUUUGAAGAACAAUCCUUUUUUCUUAAUUUAUGCUUCAACAGACUUACCUGAAUUUUUGUACUUUGUUGGCAUAUAAUAAAAACCACAUUUGAAAAUCAGUGGCGUUUGAUGUCUGUUGCCUGCCUUUUCAGGUAUACGAUUAUUACUAGUUCACUUUUUCUUUUACAAUUCAUGAUGCUUGACUUAGGGUUGUCAAAGGAGUAUUUCACUGUAUGUUAGCUUAUAGUUAAAAGAACUUGCUUCCUGAUAUCCUGCAUGUCCUCAAGUAAAUAUAUGAUUAUCGUGCUUUUUUAUUUCCUUCCCACCCUUGAAAGCAUGUUGUAGGUAACUUUAAACUUUCAUUCUAAGCCUGCAAGUUUCAGCCAAUGGAAGGCUCUCAAGAAUAUGAAAUUAAAAUGAGCGAUUAUGAUGAACAAAGUCCAGCUUGCAUGGGCAGUAAGAGUAAGAAGCAAGAGGUCAGUAAAUUCCAUGCAAGUAGAGAAGGUGCACCACGGAAUGAACUAUGGACAGAUGGGCUCAUCUGUGCUUUUGAAUUUGUCCGAGGCCAUAGGUCGGCAAGUCCAGAUAAAUCUGGUCCAAGGACCCUUUCAUUGCAGCGAAAGGGCAGUCUGAAUCCAAAGAAGCAAAUUACUAGAUCUGGACUUGGUAAUGCUUCUUCGCAAUAUUUGAAUAAGAACAGCUUACCGGAAUCCACGCCUCUCAUAGAUCUAAACAACACUGUCUCCAUCUUAGGUGUCAAGGAAGUUCCUCAACUUGAUGACUAUAAAGAAAAGCCAAAGUUUAUGAGGGUAUUUUCAGACAGCCAUUGGAUUCCUAUUGGUUGGGCUAGGAUUUCGGAACUCGUCCAGAUGGUCCAAGCUGAUGCUCGCUGGGCUUCACUAGAUCUUACUGAUGAUGAGGAUGAUUUUACUGUUGCUGAUGUUGCAGCUCCUUACUGGGAGCGUCCAGCAGGGCCUAGAUGGUGGUGUCAUGUAACUGCAGGUCAUCCUUAUGUUGAUUCGUGGCUAAGUAAUUCUCCAUGGUUGCAUCCUGCCAUCAGUAUUGCCUUGAGAGAUGAGAGUCGGCUUAUUAGUGAACGGAUGAAGCACCUUUUAUACGAGGUCCCAGUUAGGGUUGCAGGUGGACUAUUAUUUGAACUUUUAGGUCAGUCAGUCGGUGAUCCCUUUUGUGAUGAAGAUGACAUACCUAUUGUGCUUCGGUCAUGGCAAGCUCAAAACUUUUUAAUAACUGCAUUGCAUAUCAAAGGUUCUGCUUCAAACAUAAAUGUGUUGGGUAUAACUGAAGUUCAGGAGCUUCUUCUUGCUGGUGGGAGUGUUGCUCCUAAAUCAGUUCAUGAAGUUAUAGCACAUUUAAUUUGUCGCCUUUCUCGAUGGGAUGAUAGAUUGUUUCGCAAGCAUGUUUUUGGGGCAGCUGAUGAAAUCGAGUUGAAGUUUGUAAAUAGGAGAAAUCGUGAAGAUCUAAAUUUACUCACUAUAAUCUUAAACCAAGAGAUUAGAAGAUUGGCAACACAGGUUAUUAGAGUUAAAUGGUCAUUGCAUGCAAGGGAGGAAAUCGUAUUUGAGCUUCUGCAGCACUUGAGAGGAAAUGCUGCAAGAACUAUGCUAGAGGGAAUCAAAAAGAAUACAAGGGAAAUGUUGGAGGAGCAAGAAGCUGUCCGUGGACGGUUGUUUACAAUUCAGGAUGUUAUGCAGAGCACAGUUCGUGCAUGGUUGCAGGAUAGAAGCCUCCGUGUAAACCAUAAUUUGACCAUUUUUGGUGGUUGUGGCCUUCUUCUUUCCAUAAUUACCAGUCUCUUUGGGAUCAAUGUGGAUGGCAUACCAGGGGCCAAGAAUACUCCAUACGCAUUUAGCUUGUGUACGGGAGUUCUCUUCUUUGCAGGAACUGUCCUGUUUGGUCUUGGGUUGCUGUAUCUUGGGUUGCAAACUCCUAUUACUGAAGAGCAGGUUCAGGUGAGGAAGUUAGAACUCCAACAGCUGGUGUCGAUGUUUCAGCAUGAUGCUGAAACUCAUGCAAAGGUUAGAGAGCAUGUCUCAAGGCAUAAUUUGCCUCCAACAGCUGCAGAUAUGAUACCUGAGACAGGGGGGUCAUAAGCAGUAAGCCAUAUUUGCAGAGGUGUGUUAUGUCCUGAAAAUAGCACCAGAGGCAGUAAACUCAGGCUUCUUGAGAGACCAAACAGGGUGCUCCAUUUAAUCAUUUGUUUGUUGUUCUACUUGUACAUCUUCAAUGGAGAUUUAUUUAUUCUUUU